GAGAGGAGAGGGCGGCGCCGGCAGGUUGGCGGCGCCCGCUAUUUGAGCGCAGGUCCCGGGCCAGGCGCUCAGAGCGCUUGGAGCUGGCGCGGCGGGGAGAUCGUAGCUUGCAACCCGCAGAGGCGCUGCGGCCAGUGCAGCCCUAGAGGCCCCGCGCGGAGAAGGUGGCGGAGGAGGAGAGGCCGGUUGCCGCCCGCGCCCCCCCAUCCCGCCGCCGCCGCCGCCGCCGCCGCCGCCGCCCCCCCUUCCCGCGGCGCCGCAUCUUGAAUGGAAACAUGGCGGUGCCGGCUCGGACCUGCGGCGCCUCUCGGCCCGGCCCGGCGCGGACUGCGAGCCCCUGGCCCGGCCGCGGCCCCCGGCCCUGCCCUGGCCCCUGGCUCCCGGCGUCCGGGCCCGCGCGCCCGCUGUUGCUGCUGCUGCCGCCGCUACUGCUUCUAUCGCUGCUCGCCGCCCCCGGCGCUUCUGCCUACAGCUUUCCCCAGCAGCACACAAUGCAGCACUGGGCCCGCCGCCUAGAGCAGGAGAUUGACGGUGUGAUGCGGAUUUUUGGAGGCGUCCAGCAGCUCCGGGAGAUCUACAAAGAUAACCGGAACCUGUUUGAGGUGCAGGAGAAUGAGCCUCAGAAAUUGGUGGAAAAGGUGGCAGGGGAUAUCGAGAGCCUACUGGACAGGAAGGUGCAGGCCCUGAAGAGACUGGCAGAUGCUGCAGAGAACUUCCAGAAAGCCCACCGCUGGCAGGACAACAUCAAGGAGGAAGACAUCAUGUAUUACGAUGCCAAGGCCGAUGCUGAGCUGGAUGAUCCUGAGAGUGAGGAUAUGGAGAGGGGGUCCAAGACCAGCACCCUAAGACUGGACUUCGUUGAGGACCCAAACUUCAAGAACAAGGUCAACUAUUCAUACACAGCUGUGCAGAUCCCCACGGACAUCUACAAAGGCUCCACCGUCAUACUCAAUGAGCUGAACUGGACAGAGGCCCUGGAGAACGUGUUCAUUGAGAACCGCAGGCAAGACCCCACACUACUGUGGCAGGUCUUUGGCAGUGCCACAGGAGUCACCCGAUACUAUCCAGCCACCCCAUGGCGAGCCCCCAAGAAGAUUGACCUGUAUGACGUCCGAAGGAGACCCUGGUAUAUCCAGGGGGCCUCGUCACCCAAGGACAUGGUCAUCAUCGUGGAUGUGAGUGGCAGCGUGAGUGGCCUGACCCUGAAGCUGAUGAAAACAUCUGUCUGUGAGAUGCUAGACACGCUCUCUGAUGAUGACUAUGUGAAUGUGGCCUCGUUCAACGAGAAGGCGCAACCUGUGUCUUGCUUCACACACCUGGUGCAGGCCAAUGUGCGGAACAAAAAGGUGUUCAAGGAAGCUGUGCAAGGCAUGGUGGCCAAGGGCACCACAGGCUACAAGGCUGGCUUUGAGUAUGCCUUUGACCAGCUGCAGAAUUCCAACAUCACUCGGGCCAACUGCAAUAAGAUGAUCAUGAUGUUCACGGAUGGCGGUGAGGACCGCGUGCAAGACGUCUUUGAGAAGUACAAUUGGCCCAAUCGGACGGUACGUGUAUUCACCUUCUCUGUGGGGCAGCAUAACUAUGACGUCACACCACUACAGUGGAUGGCCUGCACCAACAAAGGUUACUAUUUUGAGAUCCCAUCCAUCGGAGCCAUCCGCAUCAACACACAGGAAUAUCUAGACGUGUUGGGCAGGCCCAUGGUGCUGGCAGGCAAGGAGGCCAAGCAGGUGCAGUGGACCAACGUGUAUGAGGAUGCACUGGGAUUGGGAUUGGUGGUAACAGGGACACUCCCUGUUUUCAACCUGACACAGGAUGGUCCUGGGGAAAAGAAGAACCAGCUAAUCCUGGGUGUGAUGGGCAUCGAUGUGGCUCUGAAUGACAUCAAGAAGCUGACUCCCAACUACACACUUGGAGCCAAUGGCUAUGUGUUCGCCAUUGACCUGAACGGCUAUGUGUUGCUGCACCCCAAUCUCAAGCCUCAGACUACUAACUUCCGGGAACCUGUAACUCUGGAUUUCCUGGAUGCAGAGCUGGAGGAUGAGAACAAAGAGGAGAUCCGUCGGAGCAUGAUUGAUGGCAACAAGGGCCACAAGCAGAUCAGAACAUUGGUCAAGUCUCUGGAUGAGAGGUACAUAGAUGAGGUGAUCCGGAACUACACCUGGGUGCCUAUAAGGAGCACCAACUACAGCCUGGGGCUGGUGCUCCCACCCUACAGCACCUUCUACCUCCAAGCCAACCUCAGCGACCAGAUCCUGCAGGUCAAGUUGCCAAUCAGCAAACUGAAGGAUUUUGAGUUCCUGCUCCCCAGCAGCUUUGAGUCUGAAGGACAUGUUUUCAUUGCUCCCAGAGAGUAUUGCAAGGACCUGAAUGCCUCAGACAACAACACCGAGUUCCUGAAAAACUUCAUUGAGCUCAUGGAGAAGGUGACUCCAGACUCCAAGCAGUGCAACAACUUCCUUCUGCACAACCUGAUCUUGGACACAGGCAUCACGCAGCAGUUGGUGGAGCGUGUGUGGAGGGACCAGGAUCUCAACACGUACAGCCUGCUGGCCGUGUUCGCUGCCACUGAUGGUGGCAUCACACGCAUCUUCCCCAACAAGGCAGCUGAGGAUUGGACAGAGAACCCCGAACCCUUCAAUGCCAGCUUCUAUCGCCGCAGCCUAGAUAAUCAUGGUUAUAUCUUCAAGCCCCCACACCAGGAUGCCCUAUUAAGGCCAUUGGAGCUGGAGAACGACACAGUGGGUGUCCUCGUCAGCACAGCUGUGGAGCUCAGCCUAGGCGGGCGCACACUGAGGCCAGCAGUGGUAGGUGUCAAGCUAGACCUAGAGGCUUGGGCUGAGAAGUUCAAGGUGCUGGCCAGCAACCGUACCCACCAGGACCAGCCACAGAAGCAGUGCGGCCCCAGCAGCCACUGUGAGAUGGACUGUGAAGUUAAUAAUGAGGACCUACUCUGUGUCCUUAUUGAUGAUGGAGGAUUCCUGGUGCUGUCAAACCAAAACCAUCAAUGGGACCAGGUUGGCAGGUUCUUCAGUGAUGUGGAUGCCAACCUGAUGUUGGCACUCUACAACAACUCCUUCUACACACGCAAGGAGUCCUACGACUAUCAGGCAGCCUGUGCCCCUCAGCCCCCUGGCAACCUGGGUGCUGCACCCCGUGGUGUCUUUGUGCCGACCAUUGCAGACUUCCUUAACUUGGCCUGGUGGACCUCUGCUGCCGCCUGGUCUUUGUUCCAGCAGCUUCUCUAUGGCCUCAUCUACCACAGCUGGUUCCAAGCAGACCCAGCGGAGGCCGAGGGGAGCCCUGAGACGCGCGAGAGCAGCUGCGUCAUGAAACAGACCCAGUACUACUUCGGCACGGUGAAUGCUUCCUACAAUGCCAUCAUCGACUGCGGAAACUGCUCCAGGCUGUUUCACGCACAGAGACUGACCAACACCAACCUUCUCUUCGUGGUGGCCGAGAAACCGCUGUGCAGCCAGUGUGAGGCUGGCCGGCUGCUGCAGAAGGAGACGCACUGCCCAGCGGACGGCCCGGAGCAGUGUGACCUGGUGCAGAGACCGCGAUACCGGAGAGGCCCGCACAUCUGCUUCGACUACAACGCGACGGUGAGCUGGGGGAGCGGCGAUCUUGACUUCGCACCGCCCUGCGCCCGCCCAGGCCGACCAGUUCCUUGUAUCUCCCCUCAGGAAGAUACCUCAGACUGUGGCCGCGGAGCCUCCUUCCCGCCGUCGCUGGGCGUCCUGGUCUCCCUGCAGCUUCUUCUCCUCUUGGGCCUGCCGCCCAGACCGCAGCUUCAAGUCCACACUCUCGCUGCCUCUCGCCGCCUCUGAGCUCCACCCCUACCCACACCCCACACCCUGCCCGCCUGGCCCCCACCCCCGCCCCACACUCCCGCCUUAGAGCCUUGCCCCUCCCCCACUAAAGGACCUGUGUUCGCCAGGCUCUAAGAGCCUGUGCCUUGGGGUGGGGGAGUCCCAAAGGAGGGUGCUAGUCUUUGGCACCCAGGAUACAUCUCACCGCUGAACUGUCCAAAUGUCCCAGACCCUGGACAUCCUAGUGGGCUGGGACAGGGAGGCCACAUGUACUGGUGCCAAACCAGGCCUCCCCUGCCCUCCUAAAGGCUUUCUUUGUAUAGGCCACCCUGCCUCAGCUGGACCCCUCUAACCUGGCCCUGCUGCCUGACCCAAGCCCAAACCUAACUUCCCUGGGAAUAAUGGAGGAAGGUGAGAUGACAGUUUGAGGCCCAGGGGCUCCUGCCCUUUUCAGGCCUACAGUCAUCCCCACCCCCAAAGCCCUGCAGGUGUCAAAACAGUCUCACAAUGACAUCAGUUUAGACACAACCCCAUACACACCUGGAACCCUGAUGGUAACCAGACUCACACUAGACAGACCCCAGAGGGCACACAUAAACACAGACACAGAGACACACAUACCAUGGGGGGCUCACAAAGCCUUAUAUAGGGUAGGGGGCUGGUGGGAGGGUUAGCACCUGCAUGCUCCAUCUCCUACUCACCACCUGCCUCUAAUCUGAGCUGCAGCCCAGCUGAUCCUCCCUUCUCUAAAGCUGAAUGUCAAACAGUGCCAAAUGCUGGGGCAAAGGGUAAAGACCCCUCUGUCCCAUCCCUAGCCACCAGUGUCCCCCAAGUGCCCCUCACCCUGCCAGGUGCUCAUUGUAACCAUUUAUCAUUAGUAUCAAACCCACAGCAGGACCACAUGCCAGACCCCCACCAGACAUCGCUCUUUGCCUUAGCAGGGGUGACUUGGUCUCUCCUGGCUGGGCCAUCCCAACCCCAAUCUGGCCCUUACACACUCAGGCCUGUGCCCAUUCCCAAGUUCCUCACUAUCUAUCCCUUCCUCCCUCCCUCUUUCCCUUUCUCUCCCCCUCUCCACCCCCCCCCCACACACACACACAUAUUCCCUGCCCCCAGGAGGCUAAAUUGUCCCUCUUCUGAACACACAUUUGCACACACACGUACACACUGCACACGCAGAGGCUGGGCCUUGGGCACAUCUCUGCAUACCAUUCAUUCUGAUCAUUUUCCCCAAAGGCAUCCCAGUCUGGGGGCCAGGAGGGGACUGAGGGCAGGGGGGUGUAGCCACGGGGAUCAAACGGACUGGGAGGAGGGGGGAGGGUGAUGCAUUAAUUAAUGGCUCCGUUAAUUAAUGUCACGUUGCUUGUCACUUUCUCAGUAUGUUUGUAUGGUCCAUGCCCACUGCUGGUGCCAGGGUGGGUGUCCAUGAUGUGUGCCCUGCCUGGAUGUCGGCUAUGUCCUGUGGGGGCGCGUGUGUAACUAUAGUGUAGUCAGGUGCUCAAUGGAGAAUAUAAAAAUGAAACAAACAUAUACAGAAAAAUAAAUAUAUAUUUUAAGUUUAAAAAACAGAAAAACAGACAAAACAAUCCCCAUCAGGUAGUUGUCCAACCCCCAGCUGGGUCUGAUCCUUCUCAUCACCCACCUGACCUGGCUGCCCCCUCACCUUGGGCUGGGGGAUUGGGGGGCCAUUUCCUCUUCUCUGCCCUUUUUUUGUUGUUGUUCUAUUUUGUACAGACAUGUUGGAAAAACAACAGCGACAAGUCAAGAAACUUUGUAAAAUAUCGUGUGUGUGAUUCCUUGUAAAAUAUUUUCAAAUGGUUUAUUACAGAAGAUCAGUUAUUAAAUAAUGUUCAUAUUUUCACUUC